AUGCUGCAGUUUCUCGAGUCCUUGGCAACUCGCUUCGACGACCCCUCCAUACCCUGGAAACAAAUCAUCAUCUCCAUCUCCCUCGCCCACCACAUCUUCACAACCUAUCUCCAAGCCCGACAAUACCGUACCCUUUGUGCCACUAACAUUCCCAAACCUCUACAAGGCGUGAUUGACCAAGAGACGUUCGAUAAGAGUCAGAAAUAUUCAAGAGCGAAGGCGAAGUUUGGGUUUGUGAGUGGGUGGUGGAGCACGGUACAGGAUGUUGGUGUUAUGUAUUUUGAUGUGUUGCCCGCGUUGUGGAGGGUUGCUGGGAAUUUGAUGGCGGGUUAUGUUCCUGCAAAGUGGCAGGGGGAGAUCUGGCAAUCCCUCCUCUUCGUCUUCAUCUUCAACCUCGGCACAACCCUCACCAAUCUCCCUAUCUCCGCCUACCAAACCUUCGUCCUCGAAGAAAAAUACGGCUUCAACAAACAAACUCCCAAGAUCUUCAUCACCGAUAUCCUUAAAUCCCAACUCCUCUUCGCCGCUAUCGGUGGUCCGGUCUUGGCUGCGUUCUUGAAGAUUAUCCACAGAUUCGGUGAUAAUUUCUUCUACUACCUCUGGCUCUUCUUCGUGAUCUUCCAGUUCGUCAUGAUCGCGAUAUACCCAACCCUCAUCCAACCCCUCUUCAACAAACUCACACCCCUCUCCGACGGCGAGCUCAAAACCAAAGUUGAAGCACUCGCGAGCAAACUCAAGUUCCCGCUCAAGCAUCUCUACGUAAUCGACGGCUCAAAACGCUCCGCACACUCAAACGCAUACUUCUACGGCCUCCCCUGGUCAAAACAAAUCGUCAUCUUCGACACACUCAUCGAGAAAUCCUCCGUCGAGGAAAUCGUCGCGGUCCUGGGUCACGAACUCGGACAUUGGGGGCUCUCCCACACUUCGAAGACGUUGGUAAUCACGCAAGGAUAUCUGUUUACCAUCUUCGCACUCUUUCGGGUGUUCAUCCACAACCACUCCCUCCUCGCCUCCUUCAACUUCCCCCUCUCCACCAUCGUUUCUCCGCCCGUCAUCAUCUCCUUCCUCCUCUUCAACGACCUCUUCCAACCCUUUGAUUUCGUCAUCUCAGUGUUGAUGAAUGUGAUGAGUAGGAAGCACGAGUUCCAAGCCGACGCCUACGCAAAGAAUUUGGGGUAUGGAGAGGAGUUGAGCAAGGCAUUGAUCAAAUUGCAGGUACAGAAUUUGAGUGCGAUGGAUGCGGAUUGGAUGUACUCGGGCGUUCAUCAUAGUCAUCCAAUUUUGGCGGAGCGGUUGAGGGCGGUCGGGUGGAAGGGUGGAAAAGUUCAGUAA